CUUUAUAGGUUCUCAGCAUUAGACUCUCAAGGUGUACUACAACCACUUACCCGAAGCUCCCCACCACCCACCACUAGCCACAUAAUACCAUCAAAAAAGUCUUGUACAACCAUACAGCCAGCUUGCUACCAGUUUUCGCUAUCCGAACAUUCUCAAUGGCUUUAAUGGAAGGAUUACCGACGGAGUUGCAGCAAAUGAUCUUCGAUUAUCUCCCUAUCAUGGACUUAGCAGCAAUCUCCAUAUCUUCGAAGAAGCUGCAUUCCACUGUUGAACAAGUCCUCUACCGUUCGAUAGCCUUCAGCAAAUGCUCACAUCCCGGCGGCGAGCGGCCUUGUAUAGACUGGGAGCAGGAGACAUGGAACAGACUGAUGGGCUUGCUCGAGACCAUGGUGAAGCAGCCUAACCUGGCUUCAAGUAUCCGUAUCUUUGAGCUUGAAACUCAUGGAACUCUCGAAAUAGAUGUCUCGGAUGACGGAAUAAAUACUGAGUGGAAGGACUACUAUGACUGUACUGUUGAACGUCCGUCUUCAGAGAUGAUGCGGCAUCUAAAGGACCUGAUGCCGGGAAUAAUGGUCCACGAAAACCGAAAUACUAACGACGAGAUCAUGAAGUGCUGGACUAAAGCCAUCCUUGAGUUUGAUUGGGAUGCGGCUAUCGCAUUGGUCUUAGUGCUAGGCAACAACCUCCAGACCAUUAAGAUCGCCGAGCAAUGCGAGGGGAAGUACUGGAUCACAAGCCAUCACCUAUCGCUUCGAUUUCCAAAGUAUGUCCCUCUAGUAGCCGGGGCUGCAGCAAUGUCGAAGCGCAUGGCAGGUGAGCGGAGACUUUUGGCGAAUCUCCGACAAGCUGAGGUGCCGAACUAUCGUAUGGUGGACCUGUGCCCCAAUCCAUGGAUACAUAUUCCUUCGCUAGGUGAACUCACGAUGUCGACUCUUUUCCCAGAAUUCCGAUACUGGGCGGGCGGCCCUUCUUUCUUGCUGGACGCGGAGGAGACGAAGCAUUGCGGCUUACGAGCACUGGACCUGUCGUUUGUCAACCUCGAACAUCACGACUUCGAGAGCUUUCUAAAGUCGUGUGGCGGCGGUCUUCACAAUCUGAAAUUGAGGACUCCUGGAAAGUACGAGAGGUCUCCUAACAUCUGGGAAGCUGUGUCUGCGUAUGCGCCAAACCUCGAAAAGUUGACACUCGUGGACUGCAAUCUGUGGGAGGAAGCUCAAGAGCGGGACCUGAGCAAGAUGCUACAGUUGAAGGCUUUCAGCUUUUCCUUCAGCUCCAGGUUCUCUCCUGAUGUGGACCCCGCCAAGGAUGACCCCGAAUGGUACCUUUUGCUGCCUCAACGGUUGGAGGAGUUAGCAAUCACAGGUUGCCCCGAGACGCCCAAGGGCUGGGAUUUCUUUGAUUCUGUAGACUCGCUCGUGGAGGUUACGCAUUUCGGAGAAUUUCCCGCCCUGCGGAGCAUUCGAGUUGACUUCCACCUUCUGGAGUGUACAAACGCUAUGAUUGAAUUUAAGCGAGGUGUCAUAGGUGUGCGCUGUCUCGAAAUGACAGCCAUGUCAGGGCGGAAGGUGCAAGUCAGCACCAACGCUGCGGUAUUAAGAUGA